UUGACUUCGAACCAUCAUGAGCUCUUCUGAUCUUUCCGUCUCGGAUUUGUUCAAUGUCAAGGGCAAGAUAGUCCUCGUUACCGGUGGAGGCUCUGGAAUUGGUAAAAUGAUCGCUACUGGAUUUGCACGGAACGGCGCGAAAGUCUACAUUGCGUCGCGCAAGGAAGGUCAAUUGAAGGAGGCUGUUGCCGAAAUCCACAAAAACGCAGCGGGAAAUGGCUCGGUCCAUCAUAUUGUUGGGGAUAUUUCGUCCAAAGCAGGGUGUGAUUCUCUCAUCAAUGAAUUCAAGAAACAUGAAUCAAAAUUACACGUUCUCGUCAACAACUCUGGCGCAUCUUGGGGUAGCCCGUUCGAAGAAGUUCCUGAAGGGAGAGGCUGGGACCAUGUGUUCAAUCUAAACGUCAAAAGUAUAUUCUACCUGACAGUAGGAUUGACCGACCUGCUUAAGAAAGACUCUACAUCUUUGGAUCCCGGUCGAGUCAUAAACGUAACCUCUAACGCCUCAAUCAUGGCAUCCACUGAAGGUGAGGUCAGCGCUGAAGGACACGGUAUCUGGAGCUACAAUCCUAGCAAAGCUGCAGCCAACCAGCUGACAUCAAGUUUGGCGGUCGAGCUAGGCCCAAGUCAAAUCACUGUCAACGCUAUUUUACCAGGAGUAUUUCCCAGUAAAAUGACGGCCUUUGGUCUCAAAACAUACGGAGAAGAGACAUUCAUCCACUCUCAGCCGUCCGGUCGCAUCGGAAUGCCGCAAGACGCGGCAGGGCUAGCAUUAUUCCUGGCGUCUCCUGCAUCAGCUCAUGUUACAGGUACUCACAUCGUUCUGGAUGGUGGAGCGAGAUUCAAGGCACACAGGGCGGCGGCCACAACUAAACUCUGAGAGGUGCACUGGAAGGCUUAUUCAAAUGGGUUGAGAAUACUGUCUUGCAACGAUCUUUUAUUAGGUUCACAUGCGUGAACACUACUACUUCGCUUUAGAGACAGUUAUCCCUCGGAAUACGUCCUGGAAUCGUUCCCAAUAACAUUUGUUGUGGAAUUGAUGACUCAGAUCCCAUUUUUCAA